AUGUCGCCCCAAAAGAGCCAGAAGACCCCGUUGACCCGGUCCGCUGCACGGAGACCCUCGGGUUGCCGAGCACUUCUCGCAUGCGUGAGAUGCAAGGAUAAGAAAUGGAAGUGCGACAAUAAUCCCUCGGGGUGUAACAACUGUCUGCGUGCUGAAUCCGUUUGUCUCGUGGAAGACCCCAUCACGAGGACAUAUCGGCCCCGAAACUACAUUGAGAUCCUCGAAAAACGAGUAGAGUUUCUCGAGAGCCUACUGAAGGAAUGCCGUCCUGAUCUCGUCAAUAGCGACCUGCAAGAUUCGAAACAAGACGACGCUGUCGACAAACUGGAAGCGAAGAUUGGCCUACUGAGUCUCAAUGCGGCGGGAGCGGAGCCCCAAUAUCUGGGCUCGUCUUCAAUAUUCGCCUUCUCGCGCUUGAUCAGUCCAUCUCUUCGCCAGUCGGCUGUCAAGCUCAGUAAUGUUUAUUUUCAGAAUGUGAAUGUACACUACCCCGUCCUACAUGAGCCCACCUUUAGGACAUGGGAGUCGAUGUUGCUGCGCGAGUCAGUAGGGCCUGGGGAUCUUCGUCCGGACUCUCUCUCGUUAUUUUUCUUGAACAUGGUAUAUGCUGUUGGGGCUUUGCUUCUGCCCCACCUAGGAUUUGCAGCGGAACGGCUGUACACAUCAGCACUUAUGUAUAUCGAUGAUAUCCUGAUCCAUGACAACCUCGAAGCGGUGCAGGCCAUCUUGUGCUGCGCCAUCUACUCUGUAAGAUCUCCGACGGGCACUUCGCAUUGGAAGCUCGGCAGUCUGGCGCUGCGUCAGUGUAUCGACCUGGGCUAUCAUCGACAUACCAAGCACUUCUCAGUUCCUGCAGAAGAUUUGGUUAGGAUUGAACUUCGCAAGCGAGUGUUCUGGUGCGCCUACGUAAUAGAGACCCAGGCUGCUGUCAUGCUGGGCCGGCCUUUGAGUGUGCCUUAUCAAGAGGUUGACGCUGAAGUAUGUUCGAACAAAAUAACUGACAUUACCAACCCAAAGACGCUUCAUCUACGCGCUGUCUCUAAUUAUCUCUCGUACCCGAUCUACUCCGGCAAUCACGACCAGCAGACCGACGUUGCGAACAUCCGCGCUGAGAUCGAGAAGUGGCGCUCCGAGCUUCCGCCCACGCCGCCCUCCCAUACCAAUGAGGACCUUGCCUUAUUCACGAGCGCAGACUGGUAUGACCUGGAGUACAAUUACACAGUCCUACAGCUCUGUCGCGCCCAGAUCCUAGACCACCGGUCGGGAAAGGCGACCGAGGAGAGCUACCGUGGCCAGUUCCUAGGGAAGCCGACGAGCUGUACCUGGGCUGCACUACAUGAGCUGUUCCUGGCGGGCUUGACAUAUCUCCACUGCCUAUGGACCUCGCCCGCAGCGCGAGAGAUAUCAGGUCACGCGCAGGUAAACAGCACCUGUAACGAUUGCACGAUUGCACUGGUGAUCAUGGCGGAACGGUGGGAUGUUGCGGCGCCGUACCGGGACAUCUUUCUGGCCCUUGCAAGCCGGACAAUGUCGAUGAUCGGUGACAAGGCUCAUGACGAUGGAGUGUCUUAUGUUGACGAAUGCACGGAAUGGAUGAAGAUCGUGGCUGAUGCUGGGGUGCUCAACGGCUCUAAUGCGCUGUUGACCGGCAUAACGAGGGAUUAG